CUGUCAGUGUGAAAAAGGAGCGCAUCAAAAAAGAAGCAAAAAGUCUCCGCGCGACGACGGUAAUAGCAGCAAAAGCCAUUCUCCAUCUUAAGUUUUCUUCGCGGUGUGUCGCGACUGUAGAGGCAAAAAAUAUUUUCGCGAAAAUCUGUGGUUACACCUGAAAAAAUGCUGUCAAGUAGCAGUAGUCAGCGAGGAAAAUAGUUUCGCUUGAAAUAUACGGUGUUGUUUCCGUGCUAUCGAAGUGUACUGUGAGGCGGUGUAUUAUUUUUCAAGGCGCCAACUUCGUCAGUGAAAUUGUGUGUGGACACAAGGGCUUCAAAGAAAAGGCAAGCAAGAGCUACAAUAAAAAAAAGUGAAAGAAUCAUCGUUUUCCGUAAUAAGUGCAGUUGGCGCUGCUCGCGAUCGCCCCUGGAUUUAUAGGUGGAGCUGUAUGUGGUGAUCCCGGACCAGUUGCCCGUAUCGAAAAUAUAAAAAGCCGAUAAAUCAACUGCUGGCACAAUUGGUUUAUGUGUCCAAUGAAAGGCGGAACGCAACUCUGGAUGUCGAAUCGGAAAUAUGGCCGCUGUCGUCGAGGAGCCUGACCUGUUUAACGGCUUGGAAAUUACAGAAAUGGACGAUAUGAACAUGGAGAACGGCGAUGAGUACGUGUUCAUCCCGUCUGACAACGAAAACGAUGAGGACGUCGGUGGUGCUGAUCACGAUUCGUUGGCCAGUCAGUCUGUUUUCCAGCGUGCGUCAGCUUCCGGUUCGCUCAUACAGCUGACCACAAUUGAAAACAUUGAUAAGACCGUUGUAAACCAGAUUGAAGUUGACGGCAGCCAGGUGCUACCGAGGAUUGAUUUGGCAAGCUUGCUUGAGAAGACGUUUGGCGAUGGGGCAAAUAGUGAUACAGAUGAGCAUAUUGUGGCAAAUGUCGAUCUUACCCAAGAGAAUGAAACUGCUAAAGACGCGGUGGAUCAAAGGUAUGUGGUAAGUUACGAUCUUAGCUUGGAUACACAGGAACUGCUCAGUAUAGGACAAACAGAGAUAUCUGCCGCGAUACUUCCAAUCGAAGCUGAUAGCCAGAUAAUCCUACACGGUGUCGCCAACAUUAAAGAUGAAAUCGAGAUUGAAGAAUCUGUUGUAAACUUUCCUGAAGACGAGGAGGCUGGUCCUCAAAUGGAUCUGAUUGUCCAAGACGAGCACAAUCUUGGUAGUGAAGUAAUUACACUUGAUUCAGAUGCUGAUGAAAGCGAAGUGGAGGAAGAUAGUAUUCUUCUGUCUUUGCUGAAGCAGUGCCCCAUCAAAGAGGAAGGACCCAACGAAGACAAAACUCCGGUGGAAAACGAUCACGCGUACACGACUCAGCAGGAUGAACAACCUACGACCAGUACAAACAAUGAGAAACCAGAAGCAGACAUACAGAUAUUCAUGAACCUUUCCAAACGGUUACUGGAGGAAGCAGAUUCCUCCACAAUCGAUAUAGAUCAAACGCUGAAAAGUAUAACUAGCAUCGAGGAACAGUUUAGGUCACUAAAAGAAAAAAUCCUAUCGCAGCGUGAGAGAGAUGCAUUACCACAGAAGGAAGAUGAACUUCCUUGGGGUUCUUCAAGGCCCGGUACGCCAUCAGUACCCUGUGAGUCUCCAGAUCCGGAAACCCCACCAACACUCCCCAUCGACACUACGCUUGUUCAACACAGAACAAACGAAACAAACAAUCUGUCGUUGGCUCUUUCGGAAAAUUGUUCCGAGCCAUUGGAGUGUCGCUCGAUGCCCGAUCUGGGAUUGUCUUCUGUCUCGGAAACGAGUGAACAGAUUGACGAAGCGCCAAGUGAACCGGGUGCCGCUCCAGAUGAUCCCAUGGAAAACACUACUACGGAGAAUUUGUCCAAAAUUUUGUCAUCAGACCGGUCCGAACCUCUAGAGAAUAAUAGCAUUUGUGCUGCGAUGGAAUGCGAUGAGUCAGUUCGUGAUGCUAGCGAUGCACAGUGCAAUGAUGAAACAAGUGCCGAUAAGGACGAACUACCGGUAGCUCCUAGCGAAGACGUCCACGAUCGAAAUGAUGAGGAACCUAUGCCAGAAAUAAUUGGUUCUAGUGUGGAUCCUGUUAAUGAAGCAACCGUACCAGAUGCUACAAUCGAUGAUAAGUUAUUAGAUUCUGGUGAAGACACGACGGUAAACAAGUUACAAAUAGCAUCUGUUGAAGACCUCAUUAGGUACGGAGAGCAGCUGACCGAGCAGUGUCACGUUUGGUUGGAUAAAGUUACCGAAGAGCGUAAUCAAAAGAACAGUAGUAUCGACGACGAGUGUCCCGCCGAUGAUGAAUAUGUUCGAUUCGAACAGUUCAUGAUCAACCUUAGCAGAAACAUGCAACGACUGUCAGCAAAAGUGUGCCCCGCUGCGGAUGAGGUCCCAGUUGUUCAACGGCAAGAUGUAGCAGUGCAGACAGAGAAACGUAAACUCACAGCUGAGAAAGCGAAAUCACUCAACGAAAAGUACAAGCAACGGCUGCUGAGCUCGUUGGCUUCCGUUGAAGCGGUAUAUAGUGAUUCAUCCGAUGGUGCAGAUUCGUGUGCGUCCAACAAAACCGCCUCCAGUGAUUCUGGCUCAACGAGGUACGAUAACGAUUCCGGAGAUGACGAAGCGUUCGAAAGGCGACAAAAUCUAAGGAAAACUAAGCGUCUGGAAAGAAACAAGGCACUGGAAUCUCUGGCUGGAUUUACGGAAGAAACGGCUAGCCAGGAAGAUAAGGGGGAAGCAUCCGACUCGGACAUACUUCCCCAUAGAAAAAGAAAUAUCAACCGUUUAAAUAGUACCGAGUCGGCUGAAGCGCACGGUAAGAAGGAAGUGGAUGAGGAAGAAGACGACUUGUCUGACCCGGAUUUGUCACAAUUUUUGGUACCAAAGUCUCCUGUUUCGUCUAUGGUUGAAAGCGUGCAGGAUGACAUUCCGGUUAAAAAUGAACCAUACUCGGAGAACGAUUCAGAGCCGAUAAGUCAGAAGCGAAUAAUCCGUACGGAUAGCGUAGACUAUGGGAAUGACGAAAUGGAAGAUCCCGAAAUGAUGGAAUCGGCCAUAGAAGGAAGUCCCUCGCGCUGUGUGAAACUUGAAUCGUCACUGAACAUAUCACCUUCUCAAAGCUUACACAGCUUGGAUCGGCAGAAGGCAUUCGAAGAGAAAGACGAUCUACCUAAAGAUAUGGAAGACCAAUCCGAUAGUGAGCUGUUGGAGGAUGUUCUACCACAGGUGGAUGACAUUCUGCUGGAUGUGGAUGAUAUUUUACCUGCAGCAGAGUGUGUAGUACAAGAUUAUCUGGUAGAAGAGGAGGUGAGAUCCGAACAGGAGGAGGUAGAACAAAAAGAAGAACAAAAAGAAUCGGUAGAAAAGCCAAAGAAAGCAGUUAAGGAAAAUGAGAGCGAAGAUCAACCGGCAGCAGAGCAAGAGGAGGAGGAGGAAGAAAAGGAAAGAGUUCCAGAGGAUAUGACGGAGUCGGAAUUAGAAGAGUAUUAUGAUAAUCUACGAGAGAAGGAAAUCGAUAAGCUAUGUAAUCUGGACAAUUUGGAAGUGGCUAGAAACGUUUACCCUCAAAAACCACAGGAAGUUAAGAAAAAGCCUGUCAUUGUCAAAAAGAAGGAUGAUCGUGUUAUGGAUGACAUUUUGAAUGAUGUCGAGAUUCACCACGAGUCGGAUGACAGUGAGAGUGAUACAGAAGUUAUGGAAACGGAAGAAUUGUUCCUUCAGAAGUGCAAUGAAAAUAUGAAGCAUCAAAUGCUGAAUCAAUUGAGUAGUAGUGACACGGAACAGAAUUCUGGCAGCGAGGAUAGUGUUGUAGAAGCACUUCGUCAGGAUAGGGGUUGUGAUUCUGAUGAUUCGGCUGGCUCCAUCCUAAUGGAGAAAUUCCUAAAGAGUUUAAACAAAGACCAUCCAGAUAGCGAAGAAGAGGAGGAAGAAGACAAAGAACCAAAAGACAGUGAUCGGGAGGAUGGUGACAAAACGGAAGAUAUGGAUCAAACGGGUCCCGACGCGAAAUCCGAGGCUAGCAUAACGAAAGAGAAUGAUCACAGCUUCAUUGACGAUGAAUCAGAACCAGACAACGAGGAAGCAAUGGAAAAGAUGAAAAAUCGUCUCAAGAAAACAGAUCCUGAAGCAAGCGGAGAUCGACCUUCUACUGUUCUCGUUACCAACAAAAAGACCGAAGACAGCAAAACCGCUAGCGCAAAGACUACCGUCGUUGAUCCAAUCGAUAAGCAAUUAUUCAGCAAGAAAAUGUUCCGGGAAGUUGAUGAAACGCUUCGAAAAGAUCGGGAACUGGAAGCGCUAGGAAAAGAAAAUGGUUCCUUUACAGAUCGGUCUGAAAGAAUCGCCAGUGAAGACUCAGACGUUGAACUGUUGGACGUGUCAAUGUUCCAACCAAAGCGAAAACUAAAAGAAAAGCCAUUGGAAUGUUUCGAUUUUAGUGUUACUGCCAAACGCGCCACUCCGCAGUUGAAACGGAAGGAUGCAAAGGAAGAUGAUUGUAUCAGUCUCAGUUCGGAAAGCGAAGCCGAGGUAGAAGAAUCUACGAAUGAGGUGGACGAAAAAGAAAACAAACAACGGAAGACUCGAACCAUGUUGACCCAGGAUCAACUGGCAGAUGAGACCAAGACAGCCCAAAAGGACGAAGAAAUACGGGUUUCGCGUUUAAAAAAGAAAAACGAGAAUUUGAAAAAGUUCCUAGCAUCAUUCACGCCGGGUCCCGACGAAAGUAAUUUGGUACUGGAUUACGACUCAAAAACAGGCAAAGGCAUUUGCGUACACCCGGACAUUGUCAAGCUGCUCAAACCACAUCAACGUGAAGGCGUACGGUUCAUGUAUGACAAUACAUACGGCAGCAUCGAUUACAUCAACAAACACCCUGGCUCUGGGUGUAUCCUGGCGCAUUGCAUGGGUCUCGGUAAAACACUGCAACUGAUAACACUAUUACACACGGUAAUGCGCUACCCACAGCUGAAGACCAAACGAGUUCUAGUAAUCUGCCCAAAAAGCACCGUCAUGAACUGGAGCGACGAAAUCCAGCACUGGCUGGGUUCGUUGAAAAGUGGUCCCCGCCUGAAAGUAUUUUAUUUUCCGGACAACAGCGAUGUUAACGAUAAACUAAAGGUGCUUAGUGACUGGUUCUCAUCAACAGCCAGCCGGUGCGGCUGUAUGCUCAUUGGCUACGAAGCGUUUCGAGUGCUAGUAAACUAUGAGAAACGCAAACGGACCCCGUCGAACAUUCUUGCUGCGAAAGCUGCCUUCGUUAAGAAAAAGGUAGAUGAAUACCUGCUGGACCCAGGAGCGGAUUUGGUUAUCUGUGACGAAGGACAUCAGAUUAAAAACAAGAAAUCUGCCAUCAGCGGGGCGGUGUCGCAAAUCAAAACCAGACGAAGGAUCGUACUAACCGGAACACCUAUUCAGAAUAAUCUUAAAGAAUACUAUUGUAUGGUAAACUUCAUUAAGCCUUCCUUUCUGGGAAGCGACCGAGAGUUCAACAACCUGUAUGCCAAUCCAAUCAAGAACGGCCAGCACAAAGAUUCGGACAGUCGGGCAAUCAAAAUCAUGAAGCAAAGAUCUUAUGUGCUGCACAAUAAACUGUCCAAGUUUGUUCAGAGGAGGGAAGCGGGGGUGCUGAAGGAAUUUCUCCCGGAAAAGUUUGAGUAUGUGUUGUUCGUUCCACUAACACCCGUACAAGAAAAAAUGUAUGAAGUUUUUCUGCAAAUGAAUGAAUAUACCACCCCGGCUGGUGAGGGAAUCGGAGAAAGCGCCAGAGGAAAAAAGUUUAAACUGCUUGCUGAUUAUACAUCAUUGAGAAAGAUUUGGACCCAUCCCAAGGUGCUCGAAAAGGCAUGGGAAACGGCCGUUCAGGAGAAAACAAAGCGCGACGCCCGGUUCCGUCUCACAUCGACGCCGGAUUCGGAUGAUGACCGACCGGACGACUACAAUGACAUCUCUUCCGGUGCUCUAUCAGUCACCAACGACUGGUGGCGUCGACAUCUGGAGGCGAACGAUCUCGAGUCUAUGUACCCGAGUAACAAACUGCGGGUCAUGUUCGAGAUUUUGAAACAGUGUCAGGAGCGGGGCGAAAAGUGCUUGAUCUUCUCUGCUUUCGUAGCUGUGCUGAACGUGGUGGAACAUUUCAUGGCAAAGAUACAUACCCAACAGAAAGAUCCUGCUGCCGAUGUGUACGGAUACAGCGCGUUUAAAGGGCCCUGGGAACCGGGUAUAGAUUACUAUAGAUUGGAUGGGAAAACACAAAAGACAAUUCGGCACAAGAUGAUUACUUCCUUUAACGAUCCAUCGAAUAAGCGAACAAAGUGUUUCUUGAUUUCAGCGAAAGCUGGUGGCCAAGGAAUAAAUCUGAUUGGAGCUAACCGAGUUAUCAUUUUGGACACUUCCUGGAAUCCUUCCAGUGAUCAGCAGAAUAUUUUCCGAAUAUUCCGAUUGGGUCAGAAACGGAAAUGUUUUGUAUAUAGGUUGCUAGCCAUGGGAACGAUGGAAGAGAAGGUUUACUCAAGAUCAGUUACGAAACAAGCCAUGAGCUUCCGCGUGGUCGAUGAACAACAGAUCGAUCGGCACUACAGCUUUUCGGAAUUGGCCGAGUUGUAUAGUUUAUCGAAGGUUGCUGAUCAGGUACGAGAAACGCCCAUACUACCGGCGGAUGAUUUACUGGCUUCGUUGCUCAGAAACCAUCCGGCUUGUUGUUUUAAGUACCAUGAACAUGAUUCAUUGUUGGAGAAUAAACCGGAACAGGAUUUAAGCGAGGAAGAUAAAAAGGAAGCUUGGGCAGCGUAUGAACGUGAAAUUCAGAACAAUGACAAGCCGUCAUAUUUGGGGAAUUUGGGAAUGAUGCCUAAUUUUAUGGGGCCUGGGUUUCCAGGUGCGCCUGGUUCAGGUAUUGGACCAUAUCCGCCGAUCAACUAUCCUGGACUUUCGGGAACCUUAGCCGAUAUGUAUCGCAAUGAUUUUGGUUAUGGAUCUAGCAUGAAUAGACUGAUGUAUCCAUACGGCAGUCAACCAUUUCCAUUAAUCAAUGAUCCAAGCUAUUCGUCAAUUAUGGGCAAGCAACCGUUUCCGAACUACAAUUUGCCUGGAUCUUCGGGAGGCCUACCGGAUUUUUCAUAUUCUGCUGCCAUGAACGGUCAAGGAGCCCCUGGGACAACUAGUUACAAUUCAUCUGUGGCAUUGCAAAGUCUGCUAGAUCUUUACGCGAAAUCUAUGUCUAGCGGAAUGAGUCCUAGUACUGUUACAACAACUACAGCCAAUGCCGUUUCCGCAAGUACAUCGGCAUCGUCGAUUGGAGUAUCUCCUUACAAUGCCCUGAGUUCUUUGAAACAAUUUAAUGGAUUUCCUCCCAGCGCACCUAGUGGUAGUCCUAUUCCACAUUCAUCUCCACAGCUUCCCCCACCAGUGAAUUCACAAGCUCCCAGCUCGUCCAGUAAUGCUGCCCUAAUCAAUAUGCUCAAUGAACAGCCAAUGCCGAUGUCAUCCGCUGCAUCGUCUGGUCCCUUUUCCCACCUGAAUUCCCCUCUGCCUGCUCCAUCGAUAUCAAUACCUCCCAGAAGUACACCCAACCCCACAGUAACAACAAUGGCCACACCUUCACCAGUAUUAACCUCAACCACAGUGGGCAAACAUGUUACUCCAAAUACCCCUGUUCAAUAUUCCGUAGCUCCACAAUCGUUAGUAAGACCCAGCGUACCACCACCACCUGUUUCAAAGCCGGGAGAAGCUAACAGUAGCAGCAACAAUCCGAAGCCAGUUUCUCUAACAACCACAGUCGUUGCCAGUGACGAUGACGAUGUUGACGACGACGGAAUUCCACGACCCCAUAUAAUCGUCCGAGAUCCAUCAUCCAUAAACGCAGGUACCACCAAUCCCCAGGACAAGGAAAAAGUCGUCAAGAAGAUAAACAUGGGUAUCGUUUAUCCGGAAGAGAAGAAAAAGAACCAGUCCAAAGACAUCAUGCUAGGUGCAAAAAGUAUAACGAAUUUAGCAAAACCGACGAUAGCUGUCAAGAACGUGGAAAGUAUGAAAGCUGCUCCUUCCGUAUCUGCUUCCACUGGUAGUUCCAAAAUUGCUUCUCCCGUGCACCUAAUGCAACGUCCUGGAUCAUCCACUAGUAAACCAAAUCGAACGUCCGCCUUGCAUUCGCCACUAUCGAAUCUCCCCAGACAACCCCCACCUGGAGUACUUCAACCCUUAACACGAGGCCCACUGCCCAGUGUUCCAUCGCAGACUAACAUCAGUAGGCAACAAACUCCAACGCCUCGACAGCAGGUACCUGUAAUCACUAGCGCCAAAUCUUUGCAAUUGUCCUCAAUCAACGCGCAAGCGGCACCUCAAGCCACAUUCAGUUCUCAGCAAAGAGUAUCCAAUCUACCACCCACGUCCAGCUCUUCCACGGUAUCCCCCAGCACUAGUUCCACUGGUCUUUCGGCACCACGCGGUUCGAUAGCAGCCCAGCAGCUUCGCGAAUUGCAGCAACGAAUGAAUCUUAGUGGUACUACUAGUUCAAUCAGCGGCGGUACAAGCCAUUUAGUUGUAGCUAAGCCGAAGAAAUCUCAGCUGAUUAGUAAUCAUCAACGAGCAGCCGCUGCGUCCAACAAGCAGUCAAACAUCCAUCCAGUUGGGCUUUAUUCUUCGCCUGCUGCGGCAUUAUUGGCUAACCAGAAACAGCAAAAGGCUGCUGCUGCUGCUGGCUCUCCUGCGACCGCCGCCCGAAGUGGACCUAAAAUGACGAAGCAAAUUUCUCCAUUGUCGGAUAGUGUUAGCAUAACAAAAAUCACCAGCACUGGUCAACGGAUUGCUAUGAACAACCCGUCUAUCAGUUCCAUCAGUAACAGUAAUCCUUCCCCCUCCACUUCCACCUCCUCAAUGAGUCCUGCCCUUCUAAGCAGUAGUUUAGGACGAAAGCAAGAUUUGGUAAUCACCAAAACCAUUCCGGGGGCAGCCACUGUGCGAAAGGUAGUGGCAGGCCCGAAUAUGAUUGUUAAACAGAACCUUACAUCGAACGUGAAGCGAGUUAUGCCAACGGUGUCACCAGCGAUGAGAUCGACCCCGGCCGGUACAGUGGCAAACGCUAGUGGAGUUCGAAGUUUACCACUCGGCACCAACAGCAGUAUAACGGUAAGGAAGCGGAAGGCAGAGCCAACGCUGAUAGACAGCCUGAAGGCGAAAAACAAUUCCAUUACCAUCAGCGAAGUGAGGUCUAUAUAUCAACCGCCGCCUCCCAAAAAGCUCAACCAGGGUCCACCAAUUCAACCACAGAAACGAUUAGGAAGCGGUAUUACAAUUACUCCCCGGAAACCGGCAGCCCAGCAGCCACAGCAAAACGUUCUCGAGGUUGUGGAAAUUGAAUGAGCUCAAGCUUCACCAUCCAGCCAGCCGGUUCCAGAAUAAGGCAACGCAACGGUGCAGUUUUGUCAGCUGAGCUAGCUGAGAUGUUACCAGUACUCUCACUUUCCUAUUAGGAUAUGUAUAUGCAGGAACGGUAUCCCGAAAGUCCAGUGAGGACAAGUUUGGCAGACAUAAAUUAAAUCGUCGUAUUUUAAGGCACCUAAUUACAGGAAACCAAAUCUAUUUUCAAGCUUAACUCUGUACAGUAGGUCGGUCAAACGAGUUUUCCUCUUUGUAUAUAAGUAAAAGUGCAAAAAGUAUUGCUUUUUAGAGCAUGAGUAACAGCAAGUCGCACAAUAACUGCAAAAUUUUGAUUUGCCAUACUCACCUGCAUAUUUUAAAUGAGGAUUCUUAUGUUGUUAGGGUAUUUGUAAUUACGCAGGCUUGUCAAUAUCUUGUACAUAAAACAAAUCAUCUAAAAACUAGAUAACUACACUAUUUAUUUACUUUUACAAUAUUUUAUGGCGUAGUCAAAUAGAGUUCGACUUGGAAACAAGACCACUCUGCUUGUAAGUGACUCAAUUAAUGUGUAACUGAAUCUAGGAAAACAUGAACACCUAAUAUGGUAGUGGUUACUGUAGCAAAAUCCAGGUCUAACAAGUGUAAAUAUUUUAGGAACACUAAAGAAUCAUCCACUUUUUAAAUGGCAAUAAAAAUUGUGUACAUUUGUUAAUAGCAUUUGUGAUGAUCCCACACGAGGUACUGAUAAUAAACAUAAUUUAUCUUGUGAUACAUAAAA